UAAAGGUCAAUAGUGUCAUUAUAUACACUCCCUUAAUUUUGACUAUCGUCGUCUCUCUCUCCAUCAACAAGCAUCAUGCACCUCAAUGCACCCGACCACCAUCUUCACCCCAUUCUUCAAAUCCAUCACCCGCCAAAUCACCACAGAAGCCAACCCCUCCUCAUGGAACGCUCUCAUCAAAUCCCAUACACAAGCCAACCGUCCACGAACCGCAAUCUCUUUCUACAACCAAAUGAUCCAAAAUGGAGCUCCACCCAACAAUUUUACAUUCCCCAUUGUUCUAAAAGCUUGUUCUCUCUCAAGAUCCUCUCACAAGGCCUCAGAAAUCCACGCCCGAAUUUUAAAAACGGGUUUUCACUCUGAUCCUUACGUUCAAGUUUCUCUAAUCCAUCUCUCUUUUGCCUUUGGUGAUCUAAGAACCCCAAGGCUGCUAUUUCAUGGCCAAAUUUCCAAGAAUUCGGCGCUUUGGAACGUUAUGAUAUCUGGGUAUGUUAAAAAUGGUUUACACUGUGAAGCUUUUAAAAUUUUAAUGGAAAUGCUGAUAAAUGGGGUUGUUCCGGAUGAAAUUACAGUGGUAAGCUUGCUUUAUUCUUGUUCCAGAUUGGAAUAUCUGGAUCUGGGGAGGUGGGUUCAUGGAAUUAUACUGAAAAGAGGGAUUUUGACUGAUUUCUUUGUUGCUGCAGGCCUUAUUGACAUGUAUGCGAAGUGCAGGUGCCUUGAUGGUGCAUACUUAGUGUUCAAUAAAAUGACUGAGAGAAAUGUGGGUUGUUGGAAUGCUAUGAUUGAUGGGUUUGCAAAGUCGAGCGACUUAUUAUCGGCUAAACUGCUAUUUGAUCGAAUGGACCAAAGAGAUAUAGUUUCUUGGAAUGUCAUGAUUAGUGCAUAUGUUAGUAUGAAGCUUGGUGAGGAGGCUAUCUCUCUCUUCAAAACGUUAUUACUAGAGAGAGAGCUCAAACCCAAUGAUAUAACGAUGUUAAGUGUGGUUUCAGCUUGUGCAAAGUUGGGAAAUCUCAAAACCGCAAAAUGGGUUCAUGGUUUUAUUACUGAAUAUGAAAUUUGUUUGUCAAUUGGUCUAUAUAAUGCGCUUAUUGACAUGUAUUCUAGGUGUGGAAGCUUAGAACUUUCACUGCUAGUGUUCAAUAACAUGCCUCAAAGAGAUCACAUCUCUUGGAACACAAUGAUCUCAAACUAUGUUAGGGAGAAGCAUUUUGAAGAGGCCCUUAGUCUUUUCAGAGCAAUGAGAAUGUCUUGUUUAAAGCCUGAUGAGGUGUCCAUUGGCAUAAUUCUAAAGGUGUUUAUGGAGGUUCGUGAUUUUGAGAUGGCUAGAAGUAUAUAUGCUCACAUAGAGAAAAUUGGGAUGAUUCAGGAUGGAGUUAUAGGCAAUUCUCUCAUAGACAUGUACGCGAAGCGUGGACCUAUCGAUGAUGCUAGCAAACUUUUCUUUCUGAUGCCUAGUAGAGAUAUAGUAUGUUGGAACACCAUGAUAGCGGGUUAUCUUAGGCAUGGAGACAUAGAAUUUGCUCAAACAUUAUUUGAUCAGAUGCCCUCAAAAGAUCUUCUCUCUUGGAACACGAUGAUCACUGGUUAUGCGCAAUUUGGCCUCACUAAUCGAGCAUUAGCCCUAUUCAGCACAAUGCCACUAAAACCUGAUAAGGUCACCACAGUGAGCUUGAUCUCAGCUUGUUCACAAAUGGGGGAUGCGGGUCUAGGAUCAUGUUUCCAUGCCAUUUUGAUACGAACAGGGAUUGAACAUGAUCUUGUCAUUGAUAAUGCCCUUAUUACAUGUAUGCUAAGUGCGGGCGCGCAUGUAGCCCAUCGUAUUUUUGCGAGUGUCAGACAGAAUGAUAGGAAUGUAUCAACUUGGAGUGCUAUGAUAUCUGGGCUAGCCAUGCAUGGUCACGCUUUCAAGGCUAUAGAGUUAUUCCAUGCGAUGCAAAAGGCUGGUUGCCCCCCUGAUGAUAUAACAUUUGUUGCUCUUUUGUCAGCUUGUAGCCAUGCUGGGUUAAUUGAAGAAGGUGAAGAGUUGUUUAAUAGUAUGAGUCAAGUCUACGGCAUCACGCCGUCUGUUGAGCAUUAUGGUUGCAUGGUGGACCUUUUGGGGCGAGCAGGUCUUCUCGACAAGGCUGUGGAGGUAGUGAGAAACAUGCCAAUGAAGCCUGAGGCUUCGGUGUUAAGUGCUCUUUUGGGUGCUUGUAGGAUCCAUGGCAAUACGGAGCUAGCUGAAAGCGUAAUUAAACGAUUUGAAUUGGAGGAAAUUGAAUGUGAAGGAAUUUAUCUGCUCAUAUCGAAUGUGUAUGCAGCAGCUAGCAAGUGGAACGAAGUUGGUUCUGUGAGAAAAUUGAUGAGAGUGAGAGGUUUUAGGAAGAAGGAAGCUGGCCAUAGCCUGAUUUUGAGGCAAAAUGAGUCCAAGGCCAUGGAUGAAGGGAAACUUGUUUAUUCUCCCCACUGUGUUAGCAAAUAUUAUUUAUAGAUCAAUGAUUCAGAUAAAUUGCAAAUAUUUCGUGAUUAUCAUUACUACUAUGAGUUUUUAGGGGAAACCUCAAAUAUCUUUCAGUGAUACCACGUUUCCCAAACUUUAGACCAAUAGUUCUAAAUUAGCUUGCUUUUUAAUAUUUUUCUCUUGCUGAGCAUGCUCCGGAUCCGCUUCUCCUCAAGCCUGAAAAGCUUUGGCAUUCUCUUUCUAGGCCUAAAGAACUCUAAGGUCGGUUUCUCUCUCCGAACCUGAAAAGUGAACACCUUGUCCGUCUUUCCUGAACGCCAAAACUUUGUGUGUCCUCUGUUAUGCCUCAAGAACUUUGAGGUAUCUCUCUUUACCCAAACCUGGAGACUCUAGGCUUCACUCCUUGUCUACCCAAAACUGGU